AUGACUACUUCAGCAGCAUAUCAGGCAGACGGGCAUGCAAAUAGGAGGAGCUCUACUCUUCAGAAAUAUGAACCGAGUUUAAAAACAAUGAUUCCAAUCCACCUCAAAGCAAAGUCAGCUGUUAAUCCAAUGGAUGAUGCAGGGCUGUUCUCAUCAGUUAUGUAUUCUUGGCUUUCACCUUUAAUGAUGAAAGGAUACAGACACAGUAUCACUAUGGAUAGCUUACCACCAUUAUCAUAUUAUGACAGUGCAGAUCCAAAUGCAAAAAGAUUCCGACGCCUUUGGGAAGCAGAGCUUGCAAGCGUUGGGCCUGAAAAAGCUUCCUUGGGCAAAGUAGUAUGGAAAUUUCAAAGAACAAGAUUUUUGGUGGAUAUCGUAGUAAAUUUAAUUAGCAUUAUAUUUGCUGCUUUAGGACCUACCGUGAUCAUUCAUAAAAUUCUACAGCACAGCGCAAGCACCUCAAAAAACUUUGUUAAAGGAGUCGGACUCUGCAUGGCACUAUUUUUUGCUGAAUUUUUUAAAAUAAUAUUUUGGGCAUUGGCAUGGGCCAUAAACUACCGUACAGCUAUACGAUUAAAAAACGCAAUUUCUACAGUAGCAUUUGAACAUCUACUGGAAUUUAAGUCUUUGACACAUGCUUCUGUCGGUGAGGUCAUCAACGUACUUUCUCAUGAUGGUUAUCAUAUGUUUGAAGCAGCCAUAUUUUGUCCCCUGCCAAUGAAUGUGCCUAUCCUAAUUAUCAUUUGCACAGUCUAUGCCUGUCUUAUUCUUGGUCCCACAGCUCUCACAGGCACAUUUGUUUAUAUCAUAUUUAUACCUCUACAGAUAAAGAUGGCUAAAUUCACAACUGUAUUCCGACAAGCAGCAAUUUCAGUAACUGAUAAGCGUGUGCAAAUAAUGAACGAGAUUUUAACAUGCAUUAAAUUGAUUAAAAUGUAUGCUUGGGAAAAGUCUUUUGCGACAACAAUCAAAGGUGUAAGAAAUAUGGAAAAGAAGCUACUGGAAAAAGCAGCAUAUAUACAGAGUAUAAAUUCUGCUCUGACACCUAUUGUAUCAGCACUGGCUACUGUCCUGACAUUUACUUUACAUACCAUUUUAAAGCAAGAACUAACUGCAUCAGUUGUUUUUAGUGUGAUUGCUAUGCUUAAUGUAAUGAAGUUCUCAAUUGCAAUCUUACCAUUCUCAGUGAAAGCAGCAGCAGAAGCUAAGGUUUCUCUAGAAAGACUGAAGAAAAUUCUUGUAACUGAAAUACCUCCUAUUUAUGUAAGUAAUCUGAAAAAUUCAGAAAAUGCCAUAAUAAUGGAAGAUGCGACAUUAUCUUGGGAACAGUUGAAUAACUACAGUGAAAAAAGAAAUGGAGAUAACACAAACACAAAGGGUGUCCAUAAAAAUCAAGCGAAACAAGGAACAGUACUUUCUUGCUUGAAGCCACCAUCUCAGAUACUGCCUAGAGAUGCAGGAAGAGAGAAUGGCACAACCACCAUUUUGCAGCACUUAAGCUUUACUGUGAAGAAAUUAUCUCAACGAAAUAUCAUGUUCUUAUGCUAUGUAUUCCACACACCAAAAACAGACUUCAGAAAGACUCAUGUCAUUGCAUUAAUUCAAAUGUCUUAAUAUAUUCACUUAAUUUUUAGAGGAAAGAUUGUGGGUAUUUGUGGAAAUGUUGGAAGUGGAAAGAGUGCAAUAAUAUCUGCUAUUUUAGGACAGAUGAACCUCUGUGAUGGGACUGUAGCUGUUGAUGGAACAUUAGCAUAUGUAUCACAGCAAGCCUUUAUAUUUCAUGGAAAUGUAAGAGAAAAUAUAUUAUUUGGAGAAGAAUACAAUGAGCAAAGAUACAAUUAUGCAGUAAAUGUAUGCAGCCUAGAGUCAGAUAUGAAAACUCUUCCUCAUGGAGAUAUGACUGAAAUAGGAGAAAGAGGUCUCAACCUUUCUGGUGGCCAGAAGCAAAGGAUCAGCUUAGCCCGUGCUGUUUAUGCCAACAGAGAUAUUUAUUUGUUGGAUGAUCCCCUAUCAGCAGUCGAUGCACACGUUGGAAAGCAUAUUUUUGAACGAUGCAUAAAAGAGGCCCUUAAAGGAAAAACAAUACUGUUAGUAACUCAUCAACUACAGUAUUUAGAAUUCUGUGAUGAAGUAAUCCUAUUAGAAGAUGGAAAAAUAUGUGAAAGUGGAACACACAAAAAUUUGAUACAGAAGAAUGGACACUACGCUCAGCUGAUUGAAAAUCUUCAUAUGGAGCAAGCAAAGACGCCAAAACAUAUUUUUAUUGAGUCACUUAUAGAAACACAAGACAAAAGUGACAUCUCAGGAAGUUCUCAUGAAGGAGCUGAAAAUCACGUUUCUGAUAUGUCUGAUGAGGAAAAUAAAGCACCAAGGAAAGAACCCCAAGAAAGAAGCAAUGCAGCUCCUAUAAACCAACUUGUUCAAGAAGAGGAAAAACAGAAAGGUUCGGUGACAUGGAAAACCUAUCAUUCUUACAUUAAAGCUUCUGGAGGUUUCACGUUGUCAUCUUUCAUAAUACUCCUUUUUAUGCUGAUGAUUGGCUCUUCAGCCUUCAGUAACUGGUGGUUGAGUUUCUGGGUAGAGCAAGACUCAGAGGUAUGUGCACAAGAAAGCUACAAAUUUUUGGAUAAUGAAGCAAAAGGUAUUUCUGUGCUGGCAACCACCUCAGAUAACCCUAGAACGCGCCUUUAUCGUUUAAUAUAUGGAAUUAGCAUGGUGACCAUGAUCAUACUAAGCAUCGUUAAAGGGUUUGUUUUUACAAAGACAACAUUAAAGGCUUCUUCUACAUUACACGAUAGUUUAUUUUAUAAGGUCUUGCAGAGUCCAAUGAGUUUCUUUGAUACAACUCCCACUGGCAGGCUAAUGAACCUUUUUUCUAAUAAUAUGGAUGAAUUGGAUGUGAGCCUUCCAUUUCAUGCUGAGAAUUUUUUGCAGCAGUUUUUUAUGGUUGUCUUUAUUCUAGUCAUAAUAGCCCUUGUUUUUCCUUUUCUUCUACUUGCAGUUGCUAUCAUAGCCAUUAUUUUUCUUCUUCUUUUUAAAAUUUUUCAGAGAACUAUCCAAGAACUCAAAAGAAUGGAAAAUAUCAGCAGAUCACCCCUGUUGUCUCAUAUAACUUCUUCUGUGCAAGGUCUCAGUGUAAUUCAAGCCUAUGACAAAAAAGACAACUAUAUUAACCAGUUUAAAAAGUUAAAUAAUGAAAAUGCUGAACAUUUUCUGCUAUUCAAUUGUGCAUUACGCUGGUUUGCAGUUAGAACAGAUAUCCUCAUGAGUUUUGUGACUUUGAUCGUGGCACUAUUUGUUGUUCUGAGUCCUCCUUCCAUAAGUGCUGCAUCAAAAGGCUUGACAUUAUCCUACAUCAUCCAGCUGAGUGGACUUCUUCAAGUGUGCGUAAGGACAGGAACAGAGACAGACGCUAAAUUUACUUCAGUUGAACAGAUAAUGCAGUAUGUCCUGACAUGUGUUCCUGAGGCUCCAAAACAUUCGGAGUCACUGAAAUGUCCAAAAGGUUGGCCAAGUCAUGGAGAAAUUAUAUUUAAAGAUUAUCAUAUGAAAUACAGAGAAAAUAGCCCUUUGGUUCUCACAGGCCUAAAUAUUAAAUUUAAUGGUCAAGAAACGAUUGGUAUUGUCGGAAGAACAGGCUCUGGCAAAUCUUCCCUAGGAGUGGCACUGUUUCGACUAGUAGAACCCACUGCCGGCACUAUCCUAAUAGACAACGUGGACAUCUGUACAAUUAGUUUGCAGGAUCUGAGAACAAAACUUUCAGUUAUUCCUCAAGAUCCCAUUCUGUUCAUAGGUACAGUAAGAUAUAACUUAGAUCCUUUCAGUAACUGUACAGAUGAUCAGAUCUGGCAAGCACUUGAAAGAACAUUUAUGAAAGAUAUUAUAUUAAAACUCCCCGGAAACUUACAAGCAGCUGUUGUCGAAAACGGAGCAAAUUUCUCUGUGGGGGAACGGCAGCUGCUUUGCAUGGCAAGAGCACUGCUUCGAAAUUCCAAAAUCAUACUUCUUGAUGAAGCCACAGCUUCUAUUGACUCCAAAACAGAUGCGCUCAUCCAGUGCACAAUCAGAGAAGCUUUUAAGGACUGUACAGUCCUAACCAUUGCACAUCGCAUAGACACGGUUAUGGAAUGUGACAACAUUCUGGUGAUGAGCAAUGGAAAGGUAGCUGAGUUUGGCAAGCCGAAAGAUCUUGUAAAAACCCGCAAUUCUGCUUUCGCAUCGCUCUUGGCAGCAGCGAACAAACUGGCCUCAUAG